AAUAAUAUGUUCACAUUCGUUCUUUACGACCACAUGCGGUUUAAGUUGGUGUUGGAGAGAAAAUCGUCAUGGCGCCACCAGAAGAAGUGGACGUCUUUAAAGUGCCACAUCGGCGCAUGAAGGAGCUUGUCAACUACUACUGUCAGAAGCUGUCUAAGACAGACUUCUCGAGUAACCGGGACCUGGGAAACCUGCUGAAGAGUCUUGAGACAACGUUCUCGGAGUUCAAGAUCCACGAGCAGAUCGAGAAUGACUGUAUCAUGAACAAGUUACAGCGACGACUUGAGGCACUCUCCAUUCAGAACGAGCAGGUGUGUGAGGUUCACUCUCACAACCAGCUGUCGGAGAUGUUGGAGCUGGUGUCUCAGGGGUACAGGCUGGUGCAGAAGGGGGAGGGAGAGAUGACCACGUACGGGAAGGAACUGCGAGUCGCGCUGGAGAACUUCACCCAACGGUUCCUACCCCACAUGAAGGAGGAGGAAGAGGUUUUCCAGCCUCUUCUGAUGGAGUACUUCAGCUAUGAGGAACUCAAAGACAUCAAGUCCCUCGUGAUCAAGCGCCACUGUCUCUCCAAGUCCAAAUACGAGGCAGAGUCCAAGGAGAACAAGGAGAAAUCUGACCAGGACAACAAGUCUGUGAAGUGUAGAGUCUGUUCCGCAGAGGAAGCCCAACAACAGCAGGAGGAGGUGUCCCCCAUCCAGACCCUGCCGUCGGAGAUCCUUCUACGCAUGAUGUCGUACCUGUCCCCGCGGGACCUGUGCAGGUGUGCGCAGGUGUGCCGCAGCUGGUCGGACCUGGCACGGGACGGACACCUGUGGCAGGUGAUGCACCCGGCACGGUGGGCCCAAGGUGAUUGGCGUUUUGGGUUCCUUCCCGAUGAAGACCCAGAUGACCUGCCCGUGUACGGAGCCAUGGGAGGGGAGGAGGAACAGGACCUGUAUGUAGUGGUGGACGAGGACGCAGACUUCGACGAAUCAGCAGAGAGCGACAACAGCGAGUCUAGUAAUCUCAGCUACACAGCUGCCUGUAUCCAGCGUGAGGCUAAGAUGUUGACAUCCCUGGUGAGAAACCUCCUCCCCCACGUGAACCGGUCUGUCCAGUCACUGGUGCUGAGGGGCAGCCGAGGACUCACCAACGGACUGGUGUACAAGCUGAUAGUGAGCUGCCCUAACCUGGAGUACCUGGACUUGUCUCACACCAAUGUGUCUGAUGUUGCCUUCAAGGGGCUUGGCAAGCGCGGUGCAGGAAGAAAGCUGCGCCACCUCGACCUUUCGGGCUGCGUGAACAUCACGGACUUGACCCUCGUCCGGCUGUCCAACGGGCUGGGACGCCUCGCCUCGGGCAGCCCCAGCGUCUCUCGUUCUGCGGACAACAAGAAGCGCAAGGAAGCCUCCAAGUACAUCUGCUGUGACUUCUCCAAUGCUGAAGGCAACAUGUGUUGUAUUGACACAGAUUACGAGAGUUCUAACCCAACACUUGCGCCGUGUCACACUGGCUGUUCUCAGAGCAGCACCCAGUUUGAAGACAUUGAGUGCUGUCAGGGCUUCUCGGAAAGGACUUGUGAUUUCGAGUAUCGUGCUCCGUACCAAAGGACUUGUUGCGGUACCGAGCAGAGAUCGUCCUCCCCUCCCAAUAACGACAUCGCAUCUUCUCGGACUUGUUGCAUGUCACAGGAGGAGAACCGCCCAUUCCAAGCUGACAAAAAUGCAAGAGAGAAAAGUCAGCGCAAGAAUAAGAAAGACAAUGAUUGUGCCAACAAUGAUAACGUUGGCGAAAGGACUAACAACUGUUCCCCCAACAAUGGGGAUGUGGACAAAGACUAUGAUGAAGCUGAGGAGGUGACCAGAGGCCUGGCUUACCUGGGCCUGUCGGGAUGCUACCAAAUCACAGAUGAAGGGCUUGGUGCCCUGGCGUCCCACGGUGGUCUCCCCCAGCUCACACACCUGGACCUGUCCGGCUGUCUCAACAUCACGGCCGACGGGCUGGCCGCGCUCGCAGACAACUGCCUCUCCCUGGACCACGAGCAGUUCUUCUACUGCGACAACAUCACGGACGGGCCCUUCUCCGACACCGCCAGCGGAUGUCAGAACCUCCAGUGUUCCUCCCGCGUGUGCUGUCGCUCCGGGGAGUAGGGCGCGAGAUAUGCUACAAAACCUGCUCUGCUGUCACGUAUCAGGGAGUAUUGCUCGGUUAUAUAUAUCAAAAUAUAUACUAUAUAUAGUAUUACAGGGUUGGACAAGUUUUCUAAAAUUAUGGCAAGCACAUGAAAAAUUUACUUGCCCGAAUCAAUUUUGCCCAAAAUUCAAAUGGCACUUUCAUAUUCAUUUUCACUUCCAGCAAUGGAAUUCUUAUUAUUACCUCUUUUGUCAUGACUGUAAAAAGUAACAAGUACUUAUAUCAAAAUCUCACUCAAUAGAAAAAUCUUACUUGCCCGGUGAUGCACUUUCCGGUGAUGCACUUGCCCGGUGAUGCACUUGCCCGGUGAUGCACUUGCCCGGUGAUGCACUUGCCCAAUUAUUUUUAGCCCUGGACAGUAGGGCUAGUGGACUUGUCCAACCCUGUAUAACUCAUUCUCUUAUACGUAAACUACUGUUAGAGAAGCCAAAGAAGUACCUGCUUCCAAAUUAUGUACCAAAGUUAUGCUGGCCCAGCAAGACUUUUUUUGUUUUAUGUUUUGUGUUACAAUAUUUUGUUACUUGUGUAUAACUAGUAAAGCAAUGCAAAGUUUCCCCAUAGCUUGGUAUUUCUGAAAGUAGUGUAAACCUGUAUGAGGGUUGUACAGCUUAUCUGAUUUUCAGUUUGUUCUGUUUUUUCAAUAUUUUGAACAUGAUAUUUGAUAAUUUAAUCUUUUGAAGUGUUCAUAGGACACUUGGAAAUUAUAGAUAUCAGGAAAUUAUUUCAUAUUGUGAGGUAAGGACCUCUGUACCUCACAAAUGACUUUUAUGGCCAGUAAUGCCUUUUUUCAUUGUGAUUGAAAAUCUUUGUUCAAAAUUUCCAAGGCAAUAAUAAGUAUAGAUUGGAAAACAGCUUCUAAUAAAUGAUCGCAUAAAUUUUGUCAUUGACCACUGAAUUAAGUUUUAAAAUUUAGCAAAAGCUACAUGGUAACCUGCGUUAAGUAGUAUACCUCUAUACACAGCAUUGUAGGAAAUGAGGAUGUCAGGUCAAAUCUUUUGAAAUUUGCAUCUUUCAAAAAAUCAAAAUUCUGUAUUUCCUAAAGAUGUUACACUUGGGAACUCACAGACACUCACUACGUCUUAAAGCCAGUACGUCUUAAAGCCAGUUUGUAAACUAUCUUCAGCAUCUUGUAUUCCAAACGAAGCAAAACCAUCUGUCAGGUCAAAUUUUUUUCAAGCCUAAGCACUGCAGCUUUCCUGACAACCAUUUAUAGAUAAGUUAAGACUGGGCGCAUGAAAUAUUUAACAGUGUCAGUUUUCUGAGAAUAGACAAUGAGCGGUGUGAAAGACUUGUCGUAUAUUAUGUAAUGGUCAUCAGUUUCAAACUGGAGACGACAUCACGAUUACGAGACGUCGACAGAUCUGGUCUCCAUGGUAACGGCACGGAGUUGGAACGCGGCCAGUUCGUCAGCGCCAGACAGUCCAUCAGACUUGCUAACAUGGUGUGGAAGUGACUCCUCUUACCUCUUCAGUGGCAGAGUGCAGCCAUUAGCGACACCCUGCAUGGAAUGAAUGUCAGAAUUGUCGCAGGAAGGCUCGGAUCAGUGACACGCAUACGUGACAGCUGCUCGCUAAAGAUAAACGUACAGAACACAUGAUGUGUGCCAGUAUUCUCACUGUGUGCUCUCAAAGUAAUAUAUCAAUUGUCUGACAUUGCUGUAUAUGCACUGCAGUGGACAUGUAACUAUAGACGUCACUCAGAUUAUACUAGAAUCAGUAUAAAUCUAUUGGGAUCAAAAUAGAAUCUAUCAGAAAUUCAAUGGACGAAUAAAUAGCUAUCAGGAACAAGGAGACUGUGUAUUUGCAAUGCUCUUGGUUGCCUCAGUGCUAAGGUCAUAUCUAUGAAGUCCUGAGCGAUUGUAUCACAUGCAUUACAUGAAGUAGAAAAAAAAGUUCUUCA